GUUAAAGCCGCGGGAGUGAGCACCCACGCAGCAUAUCCGACGACAGAGGCCGGCCGAGGUCGGCUUUGAUUACAUUUACACUAAAUUACAAGUGGCAAACUCUGAAACAUUGGUAAUUUGGUUUAAAAGUGGAAACUUUUCUCUACCAGAUGGAUGCUGACCUGACACAAAAACCAAACCAUGGGAUCGUCUUUCAGUUGCUGUGGCUCUGAGAAAAUAGACCAGGGGUUCGUUGGAGGGAACAGUUCGUGGAGGAUGUUUACGUACAAGGAGCUGCAUGCGGCCACGAAUGGUUUCCAUGAGGACAACAAGCUGGGAGAAGGAGGAUUUGGAAGUGUUUAUUGGGGCAAGACCAGCGAUGGUCUUCAGAUAGCGGUGAAGAAGCUGAAAGCGAUGAAUUAUAAGGCAGAGAUGGAGUUUGCAGUGGAAGUGGAAGUGCUGGCGAGGCUGAGGCAUAAGAACUUGUUGGGGCUGAGGGGUUACUGUGUGGGGACUGAUCAGAGGCUUAUUGUUUAUGAUUACAUGCCAAAUCUCAGCUUGCUCUCCCAUCUCCAUGGCCAAUUUGCUUCUGAAGCUCACUUGGAUUGGAAAAGAAGAAUGAAGAUCGCUCUUGGCUCUGCUGAAGGCAUUUUGUAUUUGCACCAGGAAGUAAGACCCCACAUAAUCCACAGAGACAUAAAAGCAAGCAAUGUGCUGUUAGAUUCAGAUUUUGAGCCACUUGUAGCUGAUUUCGGGUUUGCAAAACUAAUACCAGAGGGUGUAAGCCACAUGACAACUCGAGUCAAAGGGACCUUAGGGUAUCUUGCUCCUGAAUAUGCCAUGUGGGGCAAAGUCUCCGAGAGCUGUGACGUUUUCAGCUAUGGGAUUCUUUUGCUAGAGCUCAUUACGGGAAGGAAGCCAAUCGAAAGACUCCCUGGUGGAGCAAAGAGAACCAUUUCUGAGUGGAUCAACACCACAAUAAACAAAGACAGGUUCAAAGACUUGGCGGAUAGGAAGCUGAAGGGACACCUCAAUUGGAAACAGUUCGAACAUGUAUUGCAUUUGGCAAUCAUGUGCGUGCAGACCGAACCAGAUAAGCGCCCUACUAUCAGAGAAGUGGUAGAGUGUUUGAAAGCCUUGAUGGCUGAUGGUGAACACAAGGGAAGCAUCAAGCCCAUGCUAAUGAGUAUCUCAAGUGCUAGAUGUGAUAAUGAUGAAGAUGAGCAGGCAAGCAGAGAACAUCGUGGAGGUGGAGAUCAAGAGAGUUUCGAUUAUGGGGUUUUUAGUGCCAUUGAGGAGCAGAAGAUGAGAGAUCCUUACAAACACCAUGAAAUUUUGAGAAUGCAUGCUUAAUUAGCAAUACAAUGUAAGCAUAUGAAGCCAAAGUUUAUUUAAUAUGAACAUAUAGGAUACAAGGUUGCUAUAGUGUUUUUAUAGGUCUCAAAUUAUUCUCUCUUAUAAUCUUUGAUCAUAUCU